AGCCUAUGUCAAAUCACACGGCUUGCAUAACCCAAUCUCUGAAACUUCAGGCAGUAUUUUAAUGAAAUAGUCUAACCAUAGGAUGUUAAGUGUCAGAGUAGGGCAAUGCAAUUGAAGAGUUCAGGAUAGAGAACAUCUUUUCAGCUGUUUCUCAAAAUGUAUUAUCAGGUGACAGUCCUCAACUCUCUUUUCACUCACAACCCUGACUCUUUCUCUCACUAUCAGACCCCUGUCUUUAGGCCUAACCUUGUUGCGAUUUGAAAAAGAUAAAUGAAAUAUUCAGCAGAAAAGCAAUUGGCUCCCCCAGGGUCUCUCUCAUCCCACAGUACUCCUUCCUCAUCUUUCUUCUGCCUCUCACAACCCGCCACUUCCCCUUCUCGCUCUCUCUGAUAAUAUUAUCGAUGGAGACAUUGCUGAAUUAUACAUUUGGUGUUCUAUCGACGCUGUCGUCUCCUCCCUCUACACUUUUGUUUUCUGCUGAUGUUGUUUUAAAAACCAGUGCUCAUCAAAUAUGCAGCAGUCCAAGACUAAUUUUUAUCCUGUUAAAGUGUAUUAACAUGCUCCAAGGGAGAGGAGGCUGGACCUGAGGGAAUGUUGAGGCAGCCCACAGCUUAGAGGAUGGAGAGUGUAUGAGAGGAAGAAAGAGGAUGCAAGAAUGCCUCUUCAUCGCCACCUCUUGACCAUGCUGAGUGUGUGUACAGUCCUCCUGGUGGUUGCUGCUGCAGCCCUCUCCUCUGCAGACUCCGACACGCACAGACACGACUCCAACCUGGAGAUCUACAAGCGUCUGUUUGAGACCAAGAGGAAAGACCAGCUAAAUGCUCUGAAGAACCUGGUGGAGCUCAAUGACAUCAACCAGCAAUAUAAGAUCAUAGACAUCAUGCUGAAGGGCUUGUUUAAGGUGUUGGAGGACUCGAAGGCCGUCCUUAUUGCAGCCAACAUGCAGGCUGAUGAUCCCUUCCCCAUGGAUGACAAAAUCAAAGAAGCCUACUCCCAUGUGGUGGAGAACACGGCGUUCUUUGGGGACGUGGCGUUGCGUUUCCCACGUAUCGUCCACCACUACUACGACCGUAACCCUGAUUGGGGUGGCCUUCUGCGAUGGGGGCUCCGCUUCUGCAACCUCACUGGGGUGUUCACCGGGGGGGCACACCAGCAUGUUCUCUCACUGAUGUCGCAGGAGUUGGGAAUAAUAGAGAAAUCCCCAGACUUCACCAACCCAUACCGCACUGAGAGAGACGACGUGCUUCACACUGCAGAGGCUUUUCAGAAGAUCCUGAGGGAGGAGGAGAAGAGGAGGAGGAAAGAGGACAAGAGGAAAGAGAUUAGGAAAGGGCCCCGCAUCUCCCGCUCCCGUACUGAGCUAUAGUACUUUACCUCAACUCUUGGAGAGAAAUGGAGAAGAGAAGGAAAAUGUAGGGGGAUGUCCUGAGUCCUAGAUUCAGUAAUGAAGAGGUUGGGUGUUGGAACCGGUGAGUUCUGUCAAAGGGAUAAAGUGGUAGCAGAAAAUUUGAGGAAACUAGAAGUGUUUAUGUGGCGCAGGAACAAACUGGAGAGAAGGAAAGGCGGUUGAGCUGUAUCUGUGGAUUCAGACUUACUGUAUACAGAACUGUGCCCAACCUGCAGUUAUUAUGAAACAAAGAAAAUACAGCUAGCACUAUGUUGAAGAUUUAAUAAAGAAUGCUCAUUUUCAUAACUAGAUUACAUAACUGUACUUUGGAAGAAACAGCAAAUACCCAAUAUGUUAUCUUUUUUGUGAAUAGAUUGAAUACAAUUUACUACCAUACAAUUGUUUUGAUGAUGGCAUUUGUACGUAUGAGUUGUUUACAUUCCCAUUCAACAAGCUUUAAAAUAUAAAACUUGAAUAUGUUGAA